CCGGGCCAGGGGCCCGCCACAACGCGCCUGGGCCUGCCUCGGCGUCAGGCCCCGUGGGCAGCGCCAGGCAGCCAGGGGGAGGGCGAGCAAGUGAGCGCCGGGAGGAGGCGGCCGGAGCGAGCGAGCGGGCGCCGCGCGUGUGGCGUGAGGGGAAGCCGCUGGCCGCCCCCUUGGCCGUCCCUUCGCUCCCCCUCCCCGCUCUCCGCCCCGACCGCGGAGGGCACCAUGUCUGCGCCGACGGCCAAAGUCAGUAAAAAGGAGCUCAACUCCAAUCACGACGGGGCCGACGAGACCGCAGAAAAAGAACAGCAAGAAGCAAUUGAACAUAUUGAUGAAGUACAAAAUGAAAUAGACAGACUUAAUGAACAAGCCAGUGAGGAAAUUUUGAAAGUAGAACAAAAAUAUAACAAACUCCGCCAACCGUUUUUUCAGAAGAGGUCAGAAUUGAUCGCCAAAAUCCCAAAUUUUUGGGUAACAACAUUUGUCAACCAUCCACAAGUGUCCGCACUGCUUGGGGAGGAGGAUGAAGAGGCUCUGCAUUAUUUGACCAGAGUGGAAGUGACAGAAUUCGAAGACAUUAAAUCAGGUUACAGAAUAGAUUUUUAUUUUGAUGAAAAUCCUUACUUUGAAAAUAAAGUUCUCUCCAAAGAAUUUCAUCUGAAUGAGAGUGGUGACCCAUCUUCAAAGUCCACUGAAAUCAAAUGGAAAUCUGGAAAGGAUUUGACAAAGCGCUCAAGUCAAACGCAGAAUAAGGCCAGCAGGAAGCGGCAGCACGAAGAGCCAGAGAGCUUCUUUACCUGGUUCACCGACCACUCUGACGCGGGUGCCGAUGAGUUAGGAGAGGUCAUCAAAGACGACAUUUGGCCGAAUCCCUUGCAAUACUAUUUGGUUCCUGAUAUGGAUGAGGAUGAAGAAGGAGAGGCAGAAGAUGAUGACGAUGAUGACGAAGAGGAGGAAGGGUUGGAAGAUAUUGAUGAAGAAGGGGAUGAGGACGAAGGUGAAGAAGAUGAAGAUGAUGAGGAAGGGGAGGAAGGAGAGGAGGAUGAAGGCGAGGACGACUAGCACAGAAGACCGAUGGAUUCCAGCCUUCUUUUUUAUUUUCUUUUUAUUUUUUUAAUUUUCUCCAGUCCCUGGGAGCAAGUUGCAGUCAUUUCCCUCCCCCCUCUUGUGCUCAGUCGCCCUGUUUCGAGGUCUCUCUUAACACCAUGGUUCUCAACUUAUUUGGGGAAAAUACCUUGAGCAAAAUAUAACAGGAAAAAGGAUCUCCACUUUUCUGUCCUAAAUUCAUUUUAUCCUUUCUUGUCUCAAAAACUGUGGAUUCAAUACCAAUACCGUGCUUGGUGGGGGAAAAAGAUAAGCCCUCCAGCUCUCUUGGCUCUGCUGGAGGGUGUUAGGCCCCUGUGUAGUAGUGAAUAGAAUUCUAGCUUUUUUUCCUUUCUCUGUAUAUUGGGCUCAGAGAUUACACUGUGUCUCUAUGUGAAUACAGACAGUUAGCAUUUACCAACAUGUAUCUGUCUACUUUCUCUUGUUUAAUAAAAAGAAAAAGAAAAAAAAGGGGGGGUUAUAGAAGGUCAGCAAAGGGUGGGUUUGAGGUGUCUGGGGGGGUUAAGUGGGCAUUUUGACAACAUGGCUUCUCCUUUGGCAUGUUUAAUUGUGAUGUUGAACAGACAUCCUUGCAGUUUAAGGUGACACUUUUAAAUAAAAUUUUCUCCUAACGAUGACUUGAGCCCUGCCACUCAAUGGGAGAAUCAGCAGAACCUGUAGGGUUUGAUUUGGAGUUGACAUU